CUGAGACGAAGUCAUUUAGUGUAUCCGAUACUCCCAAAUAGUUGGAAACAAAGUUGAUAGUAAAAUAAUGUCAGUUUCAGCAACAUCAUCACUUGUUGCUCCUCCAGCCACUAAUAAUAUCUCUAGACGUUCGGCAAAUUAUCAUCCCGACAUAUGGGGGGAUCAUUUUAUUCAAUAUCUUUUGGAACCUGUGGAAUUGGAUGAAAUAAUGAAGCAGAUUACAAUGCUAAAAGAAAAUGUGAGGCAAAUGCUAGUCCCUACAAACCCUUUGAGCGAUGCUAAUUUGAUCGAUUCAAUCCAACGUUUGGGGUUAUACCAUCAUUUUGAGCAUGAGAUUGGAGAAUUAUUGCAACAUAUUCACAAUAACUAUGUUCAAAAUGGAACAAUAACUCUUAAUCUUAACGAAGAUCUUCAUUCUAUUGCACUUGUCUUCAGGUUAUUAAGGCAACAAGGAUAUCACAUUUUGCCCAGUACGUAGACCGCAUUUUAAUAUUU